CAUCGUCUUGGGAGCAGCAGCAGUAGUCUUCUCUCUGUAGACUUUCGCUUUGCGCUUUUGUGGGCGCAUAAUCAAGGCAAUCCAAUGUCCAUGAGCUCGUUCCAGGAUAGGGAAAGCCUUUUCCAACUUGUGAAUGACCGUCUGGACCUUCUCAACAAUCUGGUGUGUUUCCAUCAAGUAACGUGCAUGUGCCGUGAUGUUGUUCCAUGUGGCGUCGCGCAAUGGCGUUUGUGGCCAGAGUGCCGUUGCGAGUCGUAGUGUCUUUGUAGAGGGACUAUCGGUCCUAGAGAAGCCAUGCGACGUGCGCUUGGAUCUUUAUGGUAUAUCGAUACGCUCCAUAGAUCCUGCGAGCCUGUUGUACUCGUCGAGACUGUCUGUGGGAGACUUCUCUUCUUAUCUACUUGUAGGUCAGUCGAAGGUCUCGCGCUUGCAGCAUGCACUGCUCACGUGAGUAGAGGACGACAUGUCUUGAGAAGAGUGAUCGAGCACCUUCAGAUGCCACAGGCUCGAAUGUGUAAGCUCAAGGACUGUGAGGUGUUGUCUACGAGCAGCAAGACGGUGCAGAGCAGAUGCAUGCGCUGAUCAUCCCAUCUCGUCCUGAAGUGACAAG